AUGGCUAAGGUUAAGAAGAUUUUCACCAACAUCCUAAGGUUCCUUGCUUUGGCUGCCACUGUGGUUGCAGUUGUCUUCAUGGCCACCAGCCAUGACUCUGCCCAAGUCUUGAACUUAACUUUCACUGCCAAAUAUAGCAACACACCUGCAUUCAAGUACUUUCUGAUUGCAGAGGCAAUUGCAGGUGGAUAUAUAGCUAUAUCCAUCCUUCUCUCAUUCAAAAGCCAGUUUUGGCGCUUACUUGUAAUCCUAGAUACGUUUACAACAGUGCUGCUGACAUCAAGCAUUUCUGCUGCUGUGGCAAUAGCUCAAGUCGGCAAGAAAGGAAACACUCAUGCCGGUUGGCUACCUGUUUGUGGUCAAGUUCCUGAUUUCUGUGACCAAGUGACUAUAGCUCUUAUUGCUGGUUUUGUUGCAGCAAUAAGUUACUUUGUGCUUCUUCUCUGUUCUAUCUAUGUUGUCCUCAGUCCUAUUUUUGUUAAGCUUCCCUUGAGUGAAGACUAA